AUGACGGACAUAGAACAGCCAUUCACGCGUGUGCCGUAUGAGAACUAUCGCCGCGUAUUUCGGACGUCUCAGAAGCAUUUUGAAAGGGAUUUCGGCGAGCUCAUCAAGCGAACGGCCACUGGGUCACGGUUAGGCGUAGAGGAGAUAGAUUCAAUGAUUUCGAGGGUAGAGGGACUGAAACGAAAGCUCUCAGAUUUGCACACCAUCUCUGGUCAACCAACCCUUGAUGUUAUCCGGGAGCGUCUACAGCAUCUCUCUGACUCAUCAACGUCAACUUCUACCCAGCUCGACCGUUGGCUUGUCGACUGGGCUCUGCGUACGGGAAAGCCUUUAACUGCCCGCUCGAUAGCCCAGUCUCGAGGUAUCGAGACGCUGGUGGAUAUAGAUCUGUUCAUGGACAUGCAUCGCAUCGAAUCUGCUCUCUCAGAACAUAGAUGUACUGAGGCUUUGGCUUGGUGUAGCGAAAACAAAGCAGCGCUAAGGAAAAUGAAGAACACGCUUGAGUUUGAGCUGCGACUGCAAGAGUACAUUGAGAUGUGUAGACGUGGAGAGAAGCAGGAUGCUAUCGUAUACAUGCAGCGGUAUCUGAUAGCAUGGCAGGAUACGCAUCUUCAACCCAUUCAGCAAGCUGCCUGCCUGUUGGCUUUCGGACCGGGGACAAACUGUGGUGUCUACAAGCGACUAUAUGAUAUAUCACGUUGGACGACACUUACUACAUCUUUUCGUUCCAGCGUUUACGCCCUUAAUGCCUUUCCGACAGAACCUAUACUAUAUCUAGCUCUCUACGCUGGUAUUGCUGCUCUUAAGCUUCCUGCAUGCAGCAGUCAUGACACGCGCAACGUUGACUGUCCUGUUUGUGACGUAGGCUGGGGCGGGCGAGAUCGCUCUGGCGACGCCAGAGAAGGCUUAGGGCUUGGAUGCCUUGCAAAAGACGUCCCAAUGAGCCAUCAUGCAAAUUCGGUCAUUGUCUGUCGGAUCAGCGGUAAGAUAAUGGACGAGGACAAUGGUCCGAUGGCUUUUCCAGAUGGGCAUGUAUAUUCUCGGGAGGCUCUGGAAGACAUGGCCGCAAGAAAUAAUGGCAUUGUGACAUGCCCUCGGAGCGGCACGACUUGUGAAUUUACCGCGCUACGGAAAGUGUUUAUCUCAUAA